ACCUCGACCACGCCACUUCCAGCCAGGCCAGUGCUGGCUCCCUCCUGCACCAGGUCGAGGAGAUGACGAGGCAGGUGGAGCAAGAGGCCAACCUCUCAGAGAAGCAGUAUCCCUCACUCACCACCACCACCACCAGCAGCAGCAGCGGGAGGAAGACAGAGAAGACCCGGAAGUUGUCCUCCCCGUGUGGCGUGACGAGCGGGAAGACGGUAGGAGGAGGAGGAGAGGUAGAGAGGGGGGAAGAGGGUGUGGAUGCACUGACCACCCUCCUCUACAACAGAAGGUUGAGGAAGACACAAUCAGACCUCAGUGAUGUUAUGUACCCCAGACUCGACCUUCUCAACCUCGACACAUCCCCCACAUCAGCCGUCACAACACCCACAUCAGCCGUCACAACACCCACACUGUCAUCUGUGUUACGUGGGGCCUCUGACACUACCAGCUGGACGUCCCCAACAGCCACUUCCCGACAGUACUCCUCCUUCAACUCCUCCUACGACCAGCUAAGUUGUGAGGAUCAGGAGAGUAAGAUCAACCUUCUACGACACUGUCUCUCCUCCCUGGACACUAUAGAGAGCACCAUACUUAAGGACACCAUAGAGAGAAUCCCUAAGAAGAUGUCCUCAGAUGAUCUAGAUAAAGAAGAGUUAUUGGCCAUGUUCAAGAGGGCGGUGGACACUCUACAGAAAUGUUAACAAGAGGGGGAGGAAUAUUGUGAUGUCACCACUCGCCAAUAUUAUUUGUGUUGACGUCACCAUUCGCCUCCAUUAUGUGUGUUGACGUCACCACUCGCCAUCAUUAUGUGUGUUGACGUCACUACUCGCCACCAUUAUGUGUGUUGACGUCACCACUCGCCACCAUCAUGUGUGUUGACGUCACUACUCGCCACCAUUAUGUGUGUUGACGUCAUCACUCGCCAUCACAACAAACACACGACCCAGAUAUUGGACACAGCUAAGAGACACAGCUAAGAGACACAGCUAAGAGACACAGCUAACAGACACAGCUAACAGACACGGAACCUGGAUUAAUUUAACAUGAGGGCUGUUUUGUGACUGGGGCCUAUU